UCUUUUUAACGUGGGACACGUCUCCCUUCGUGGACCUCUGCAUUGAGUGUCAUCAGUGUUCAUUUGGUGGCAGCUUUAUCUGAAAACAUGACGCUUUUUCAUUUCGGCAAUUGUUUUGCCCUGGCAUAUUUUCCUUACUUCAUAACAUAUAAAUGCAGUGGAUUAUCUGAAUACAAUGCAUUUUGGAGAUGUGUUCAAGCAGGAGCCACUUACCUCUUUGUCCAGCUAUGCAAAAUGCUGUUUCUUGCUACGUUUUUUCCUACCUGGGAAGGAGGUGCUGGUGUAUACGACUUUGUUGGGGAAUUCAUGAAGGCCACAGUAGACAUGGCAGAUUUGCUAGGCCUUCACCUUGUCAUGUCCAGGAACGCUGGAAAAGGAGAAUACAAAAUAAUGGUGGCUGCGAUGGGCUGGGCCACUGCUGAACUGGUUAUGUCAAGAUGUAUUCCUUUAUGGGUCGGAGCUCGAGGGAUCGAGUUUGAUUGGAAAUACAUUCAAAUGAGCUUUGAUUCCAACAUCAGUUUGGUUCACUACAUCGCCAUGGCUGCAUUAGUGUGGAUGUUCACACGAUAUGAUCUCCCGAAAAGCUUCCGCUUACCUGUAACUGUACUGCUGGGGCUUUCUGUAUACAAGGCCUUUUUAAUGGAGUUGUUUGUACAUGUGUUUCUCCUGGGCAGCUGGACGGCUCUGCUGGUGAAGGCGGUUCUUACUGGUGCCAUCUCCUUCUGUUCUCUUUUUCUUUUUAUCACACUGGUUCACAGCAACUGACAUGUCUUAGUUGCCACACAUUCAGGUCUUAUGUAAGACAACUGCCACAGCUCCAUGUAAGAUGUUGAAGGAGCCAGCCAGACUGUUCAUUUUUUGCAUUUCUGUUUGUUAAUAAAUUAAAAUUGUAUUUAA